AUGUCUUCCACCAAGACGCUCUUAACCUUCGACGUGGAUGGAACUUUAAUCAAAUCGGUGGGCGAAAACGCAAACAGAUUCCAUAAAAAUGCAUUUUCGUACGGUUUCAAGAAAAUUUUCGGGUUAGACACGACCAUUGACGUGGUCAGCCAUCACGGUUCGACCGAUAAGUUGAUUAUAAGGAGCGUCUUGGAGUAUCACGAAAUUCCUGGUGAGAAAAUUGAGAACGAACUCGAAAACGUCGCCAACGCGAUGGUCGAAUACGCGACAGAAAACAUGCACGAUGCUGGUAACGGUAUCGAACUUCUACCCGGAGUUUUAGAGCUUUUAACCAAAUUAUCCGAACGCGACGAUUGUAUCGUAACGCUCGUGACCGGGAACUUGCAACCCAUCGCUUGGGCGAAAAUGACGCAAUUAGGCAUAAAGCAAUAUUUCAACGACGCGGUAAGAGGCGGCUUUGGCAGCGAUCACGAACAGAGAUCUGUGCUCGUGUCCAUCGCGCACGAAAGAGCGACCGAGAAUGGUUUUAAAGUCGACAAAAGAUUCCAUUUCGGCGACACGCACAACGAUAUCACCGCCGCGGAAACGAGCGGCGCUAUUCCCGUCGGGCUCGCCACCGGUAUUUGGUCCUUGGACGAUUUGCGAGAAGUCUGCGUGGAUAAAGAGAAAGGAUUGUUUUUCGAAAGUCUGCAAGAUACGGACCAAGUGUUGAAAGCCUUAGAAUUGUUGUCGUAA